AGGACAUGUUGUAGUUCGGUAGGACUGGACCUUCAUAUCCCUCCGUUACUGAAUGUCUCUGCAAUCAUCGCCGCCCUCCCGUUUCUGACAUCGGGACCUUAUAUAUAAACCGGAGGCAACAAACGGUAAAUCGCAGGAUGAAUAUAAGUCUGGAGCUGUCGCGGAGAAACCCACAGGAAGACUUUGAGUUGAUCCAGCGGAUCGGGAGCGGAACCUAUGGGGAUGUGUACAAGGCUCGUAAUGUCAACACUGGAGAACUGGCUGCUAUCAAAGUCAUCAAACUAGAACCAGGAGAAGACUUUGAUGUGGUGCAGCAGGAGAUUAUUAUGAUGAAAGAUUGUAAACACUCAAACAUCGUUGCAUACUUUGGCAGUUACCUCAGGAGAGAUAAAUUAUGGAUCAGUAUGGAGUAUUGUGGUGGAGGCUCACUACAGGAUAUAUAUCAUGUUACGGGCCCCUUGUCAGAAUCCCAGAUUGCAUAUGUGUGUCGGGAAACCCUACAGGGUGUUUACUACCUCCAUAACAAAGGCAAGAUCCACAGAGAUAUAAAGGGAGCAAAUAUUCUUCUAACGGACAAUGGCUAUGUUAAGCUAGCGGAUUUUGGGGUGUCAGCUCAGAUAUCAGCAACUUUAGCUAAAAGGAAGUCCUUUAUCGGAACUCCAUAUUGGAUGGCACCUGAGGUGGCAGCGGUAGAAAGGAAAGGGGGCUACAAUCAGCUGUGUGAUAUUUGGGCUGUGGGCAUCACAGCUAUUGAGCUGGCAGAGUUGGAGCCGCCAAUGUUUGACCUGCACCCAAUGAGGGCACUCUUCCUAAUGACCAAGAGCAAUUUCCAACCACCCAAACUGAAAGACAAAGUUAAGUGGACAAAUAAUUUCCAUCACUUUGUGAAAAUGGCUUUGACCAAAAAUCCCAAGAAGAGACCAACCGCUGAUAGGUUACUGCAGCACCCUUUCGUUACCCAGCCACUUAGCCGGACUCUUGCCAUUGAGCUGCUAGACAAAGCCAACAACCCUGACCACAUCACACACAGCGAUGUAGAAGAGGAUGACAUUGACCCAGAAUGUCCUGUGUCAGUUCCACAUCGAAUCUGCUCAACUAGCAGGAGCUCGCGAGACGGAAAGACUCUGUCUGAGAUUAACUUUGAUAAGGUGAAGUUUGACCCACCUCUGAGAAAAGAGACAGAACCGCAUCAUGAGAUGGAUCUUCAGUUAGAGCCCCAAAGCAUUCUUGGAAACAACAAGAGUCUAUUAAAAUCUGUUGCUGAGGAACUUAAUCAGAGGGGUCAUGUGACACAUUUAGAGAAUGAGGAGGAAGAUGAAGGUGAUUUGCACUGUAACUCCACUUCAACCAUGAGGCCGAAAGUACCACCUCCACUUCCACCCAAGCCAAAGUGUCUGUCCCCCAUUCAGAACAGUACGGUCUCAGAGGACAAUACUGGAGACGGAACCAUUAAACGUUGUCCAACUUCUGCAGGCUCCACUCCUCCUGCUCGCCCUGCUUCCUGUGUGCCCCCCAGACCGCCACCUCCGCGCCUGCCUCCACACAGGCGUAACAGUCUAGGUAAUGGAGUCUGCUCUACACAGGAAAAUGGAGAGAGAGAAAGACUGGCCUCCCUUCCCUCAUCCAGUCUACAGAAACCAAUCAGCAAUGGCCUGCCACCAACCCCUAAAGUACAUAUGGGAGCUUGUUUCUCUAAAGUGUUUAAUGGCUGUCCCCUAAAGAUUCAUUGUGCCUGUUCCUGGAUAAACCCCAACACCAGGGAUCAGUAUCUGAUUUUCGGAGCGGAGGAAGGAAUUUAUACCCUUAAUCUGAACGAAAUCCACGAGAGCAGCAUGGAACAGCUGGUUUCACGGAGGUGCACAUGGGUGUAUGUAAUGAACAACUGGCUGUUGUCUAUAUCAGGUAAAGCAUCUCAGCUGUACUCUUAUAACCUGACGGGUCUCUUUGAGCAAGCGCGACAGAUGCAGAAGUUACCAGUUGCCAUACCAACGCAUAAACUCCCAGACAAAAUCAUCCCACGGAAGUUUACGGUGUCCAAUAAAAUACCAGAAACCAGGGGUUGUCAGAAAUGCUGCGUAGUGCGUAACCCAUACACAGGUCAUAAGUACUUAUGUGGAGCUUUCCAGUCCAGCGUAAUGCUGUUUGAAUGGGUGGAAGUCAUGCAACGCUUCAUGUUGAUAAAGAGUAUAGAGCUCACCCUGCCGUGUCCAUUAGAAGUCUUUGAGAUGUUGGUGGUCCCUGAGCAGCAUUAUCCACUGGUUUGUGUGGCAGUCAGUAAAGGAAGCCACCCCGAUCAGGUGGUCACAUUCGGCACAGUCGAUCCCAACGCCACCACCCCUGCCUUCACAGAGCCCGAAACACCUCAGACGUGUGUCAUUCAUGUAACUCAACUGGAGAGGGACACUGUUCUAGUGUGUCUUGAUCGAUGUAUAAAGUUGGUGAAUUUACAGGGCAGGUUAAAAUCCAACAGGAAGUUGUCAACUGAACUCACCUUUAACUUCCAGAUUGAGGCAAUAGUGUGUCUUCAGGACAGUGUUUUGGCAUUUUGGAAACACGGAAUGCAAGGGCGAAGCUUUAAAAACAGUGAGAUUACUCAGGAGAUUUCCGAUAACUCGCGGACCUACAGGCUGCUGGGUUCAGACAGAGUGGUGGUAUUGGAAAGCAAACCAACAGAGGACCCCACGGCUCAAAGUAAUCUGUACAUCCUCGCGGGCCAUGAGAACAGCUACUGACAACACACACUGCCUUAACACACACAAGCCACUCUACAGAAAGCAUGAU